CGACUGCUAGACUCGUGACAUACGUGACGGUCCGUCCCGUUUACCUAUACCGCGAUGGGUGCGUCUCAGUCCCGGUCAGACGACAAGGUCUUCGUCAACGAAACUCCAAUACAAUUUUCGCAGGACGUCGUCGACCAGCUCUCUGCUGACCUCUCUGCUCGGGACGUUACCCCAGAGCGACAGUCGACACUGGACGCACAUAUUCGGGCUCGGAUACAAAGCGAAAUUGAACAUCUACGAAAGGAAGAGCAAGAAGUGCGCGAGCGCAUCGAGCAGGCCCUUGAGAAGGAAAACUUGGAUAGGGAACGAAGUUUAGCUGGCGAGACAGUGACAGGCGAUGAAGCCGGCAGCGUCAAGGACAGCGUGUCUCUCCUGAACGACUUGGAAGAUAUUCGCCAGAAGGUUGACCGCUUCCACUCCCGGAAAGACCUCCAGGAAGUUCCCGGGGUCAAAUCGUACCAGGAAGCCGUGUUGGCGUGCUACAGAGAGAAGGCCGGGAGGAGUCUCGAUUGUUGGCGAGAAGUAGGACUGUUCAAGGAGACCGUAGCGCAACUAGAACAGAAAUAUGUUAAAUCGUUACAAUAAUCUGUCAAAAGUCAUGAAUACAUCGUCCUUC